CGCAGUUCUCAAUCGACGUCACACACGUAGCGGUGGCGUGCCUUCAGGCAAAUAACAUGGAGUCGAGUGUGUGGUCUCUGCAAGCGGGUUCAUGGAAAAAUGUAGCACUGAUGUGAUAAAAAUAUAGCAACACGCUCUACAUGCAUUCAUGGACUGAGGAUAUUCGUAGCUUUGUUCUAUAUAAAGCAUGGAGAACGGUGCGUAAACAACUCCUUUCGUCGGACCACAAGCCAGGCCGUUUUCCUGGGAGAGAACACCACACAUAAUGUAGACUGAGUGGUCAGUAGUGGGACGCCAUACUGUGCUGUGGGGACCAUGGAGCUGGAGGGGGACUCUCUUUCCCCCAGGGAUUCCUUCACCUCUGUGAGCAGCUAUGGGCCCCCACCCUCAUUCUCAGCACAGGACACCGCAACCCACACAUUCCUAAAUCACACCUUACAGGUUUCAGACGAACUCACCUUCAGUGGGAGCCCAUGGUCCAGUGGUGGCAAUGGGGACUUUGCGAGGACCGGAGGCCCCCUAUCCCAGGUGGAACCAGGGAGGAGUGCACAGAGGAGCAUCAGGCCCUCAGCCUUUCCCUCCUCCCUGACCUGGGACUCUGACUCGGAGAAAGAGACACUAGACGAGGAGGAGCUACAGCACUUUUCUAACCCUCACGGUCUGGCCGCCCACAGCCCAGGAUCCCCCUCCUCUGGACUCAGACCUGACAGUGAGGACGACCAAGCACCUGACCAACUGCAGCUCUUACCCACUGAGUCAAACCUACCCAGCCCUGUGGAGGAGCGGGAUCAAGACAAGCCUAGCACACACAGGGAGGAGCCAAAGAAGGCCCAGCCCAGUUCAAAAGAAUUGGUAGAUGACAGAGUCUGGAAUGUAUCGGAGAAAGCUAGACUGUUUCAGUCCAAAGUGACAUCAAAGGAGGGGCACCAAAUUGAGGAGGAAGGAGAGGAAGAGGACCUGACAGGGAAGGACAAUGAGCCUGAGCGGGAUGUGUACACCUUUCCUGGGGACUCAGACCCAGAGAGCCCCCCACCAGCACCCUGGGCACACUGCACCUUCAUCCAGCGUCGGAAGAAGAAGAGGGCCCUGCUCAGGCCCUUCUCUGGCCAGGGCACCUGGGAAUGCACAUCAACAGAAGCUGGGAGGAAGGCACAGGGUGCUUCCCCAAGAGCAAAUAGCGUGGGGUCAGUGAAGGUGAGUGGAGGGGUCUAUGACUUUAAGGAGGACUUGGAAAAGGCAACAGAGGAUCUGGAGAAAGUGGAAGAGGAAAAAGGUGGUGAAGAAGAACGAGGAGAGGGAGAGCUUGGUGAAGAGAUUUUCACCUGUGUGGAAUGUAGCAUUUACUUCAAGAAGCAGGUCUACCUGCAGGAUCACAUGCAAGAGCACAGUCAGAGCAGGCCGGGGGCUGGCAGGAGGGAGCGCGGAGUGAAGGGCGGGCGAUUUCGGUGUGUGGAGUGUGGAUGGAACCUGUCAAACAGGUUGGCUCUGGCAGACCACCACAGACGACACCAGGAAUCUCGUCAGAAGAUCCUGGAGGAGAUUGGGAAGCUGAGCGACAGUGGCAAAGGGGAGACUAUGCAGGGUAAGCCGAGCAAGGUGACCAAACCUGCCAGCCCAGUCCUAGAACCAUUUGUAGCUCCAGUCACAACUCCAGUCCCAUUCACAGAGCCAGUCCCAGCUCCAGUCCCAUUCACAGAGCCAGUCCCAGCUCCAGUCCCAUUCACAGAGCCAGUCCCAGAUCCAGUCCCAGUUCCAGUCCGGGCCCCUGUCAAAGCUCGAGCCAAAACCCCAGUCAAAGCAAAGGUCAAAGGCCCAGCCAAUCGUCGCUAUCUCUGCCUCAAGUGUGACUUCAGUACACGCACCUCACAGGCAUUGGCCAACCAUGCCAAGACCCACAACAGAAAACCUACUGGUCUGCAGCGAGCCUCUCCGCGUUUUCAACCAAAGCUCACUCCUGUGGAGCCGCCCCAGUCACCUGAAUCUGCCUCUGGCCUGGCCUCCACCUCUCGCACUUGUGAUCAGUGUGCCUUCCAGGCCUCCAGUCAAACUGCUCUGAAGGAGCACCAACACGUGGCUCACCCCGCGCAGACCUCCAUCUGUGGGGAAGGGCCUGAAGAGAUGAACCGUCCAGGGUCCAGAAUUGAUGCCUCCUCUCCACCAUGUUCUGAUAAUCUUUCUAAGCCUGUCUCUCCACCAGAGGGCCAAAGCCAGUCAAAGGCCAGUAAGUCUUCUUCCUCUAGCUGGAUCUCUGCCAUGGAGGACAGUGACACACAGCCCCAACCAUCAAACACUGCUACAGCUCCCCAGCGUAGAGAGAUAGCCUUUAAGACCACCGGGAACAAGAGAGCAAAUAGGAGAGGGAAGGCGGGGACAGAACUCCUCCGGCCAAAUCCCAGACUGGACAGCGGGCCACCUGAGACCGACGAUGCACAAAGCCAGGGCCAGAGCCCUGACCUGGCAACUGAGAUUAACCAAAAAGAGACUGAAUCACUUGUUGGGUCCAAACCGCUCACCAGGGCUCGAUCCCUCCGAGAUGACUCCUGUCUAAAACAACAGAGCCUCACAGCCUCAUGCUCUUCAGAAGGGAAGCCCGUGAAGGAAGAGGAAGAGGACGGUGAUCCAAAGGUUGCUUUUGAAAAGAAGAGUAACAAGAAUUUUGCUGCUGAAAAUGACAAUGAUGAUGACAACGAUGAUCAUGACGAAGAAGAAGAAGAAGAGGAAGAGGAGAAGAUCCGGCGUUUCCUAGCGGAGGGCAUAUCAGAUGAGGAUUAUAAGGAGAUUGAUGAGGAGACGGGGACCCUGAAGAGCGUGGAGAGGAAAUGCCCCUACUGCCCUGAUCGCUUCCACAACGGCAUCGGGUUGGCCAAUCACGUGAGGGGCCACCUCAACCGAGUGGGCGUCAGCUACAACGUACGCCACUUCAUAUCCCCUGAGGAGGUCAAUGCCAUCGAGAAGAAGUUCUCCUACCAGAAGAAGAAGAAAAAAGUUGCCAACUUUGACCCGGAUACGUUCAGUGUGAUGCGCUGUGAGUUCUGCAAUGCUGGCUUUGACACCCGGGCUGGCCUGUCCAGCCACGCCAGGGCGCACCUGCGGGACUUUGGGAUUACUAACUGGGAGGUGACUGUCUCGCCCAUCCAUAUCCUCCGGGAGCUCUUCUCCAGCCGCCCAGACCUGGUCCUCCCCACAGCCCCCCCACGCAGCCCAGCCUCAGACGAGGAGGAGGAGGAAGACCUGGAGACGGAGGAGGAAGAACCAGGGGGAGGGGAGGGGAGUGAAGAGGCAACAGGUGCUACAGUCUCCAACCUACUGCCUUCGUCGCCUUCUCAGCCUUGGAAGAAAGACCACAGCGUUGGUGAGCCUGAAGGUGGGGAGGAGGAAGAGCAAAUGCCAGCACUGGACAGCUUGACCUCCAGCCCAGGGAGGAAGGGGCUGUUUUCCCUGGACCCAGAGAGCCCCUCCCCGAGGGAUGAAGCUGACAUCAAGGUGUCUAACCUGUUAAAGUGUGAGGUGUGCAGUGCCCCCUUCGAGACAAGGCGGGGCCUAUCUAGUCACGCCCGUUCCCACCUGCGCCAGCUGGGCAUUGGCAUGUCGGAGAGCAGCGGGGCGCCCAUCGACCUCCUCUACCAGAUCACCAAGGAGCGCGGUCUGGAUGGGCACUUCCCCCCUCCCCUCCCCUGGCCCCCCGUCGCCAAGAAGCCUCCUCAUGUCCUGCCAAUCCCACGGAAAGAGGAGAUAUAUGAAGACACAGACAUGGACGAGAAACCCAUCCCUCUCUCCAUCCUGGCCAAAGCAGUGAAAGUGCCACCCUCUUCCACCCCCUCCCCUGUGGCCUCCCCUCCCCCAUCCUCCCUCAUCAGGGCCUGCUCCCCCUCUCCUGUGGUGAGGAAGGCCCCCAUCUCCUCCCUGCUGCCUGUGUCCUCCCCCCUGCGCUGUCUGGACCAUAAUCCUGGAGGGAUGAAGAGCACCACCUCUAACCUCUCUGCCAAACCCUUCUGGGCCCCACAGGAGACUGAUGCCCCACUCAACCUCACAUUGGAGGUGGACCCCAACAAGGACAUAGUGUGCCAGCUGUGUGGCGCCUGGUUCGAGACGCGGAAGGGCCUGUCCAGCCAUGCCCGAGCCCACCUGCGUCACUUUGGGGUGGAGUACUCUGAGUCCAAGGGUUCCCCCAUAGACCUCCUCAACCAGCUCAUCCACACGGAUGACUUCAAGCACCGAGCCAGCGCCCUGCAGCCUGAGGGGCCCCAGGGGCUCAGGGGCCUCACAGCCAGCCUCUCCUCCCCCAAACGCUCCCUCCUCACCACCUCCUCCUCACCCCUCCUCUACAAGGUCACUACGAUGGGGGGCGGAUCUAGGUCCAAAGCUACCUCUGCCUCAGUUUCCUCAAUGUUUGGGCCGCCCUCCAAACGUCCCAAGUCCUCCCAAUUACAGGUCUUCCGUUUGAGUGGUGGGGAACUCACGCCCGUCCCCCACAGUGAACCAGUGAAGGAGAUUGGCUGUGAGUUCUGUGGGGAAUACUUUGAAAACCGUAAAGGCCUCUCCAGUCACGCGCGUUCCCACCUGCGCCAGAUGGGCAUCACAGAGUGGACAGUCAAUGGCUCCCCCAUAGACACUUUGCGAGAGCUGAUCACACGUCGAGGUCUACCCUGCGCCCUGCCCCUCAAGCCCCUAAAAUCUCCCGCUCCAUCCCCCAGACCCCCUCGCUCCCCCUUGUCCUCCUCUGCCUCGCCCAGCAUCCUGAGUCGCCUCCCUUUUGCCUUCGCCCACCCACCCAGCCACCAGUCCACAGUGCGUAAGAUGGGCUCAGCUCCACCAGCCUCCCCUGGCCUGAUAGUCAAGCUGAAGCCUGAGCCUAUGCAGCUGGAAGUUACCAUGCCAGGAGCGCUGGGGGGAGCAGCGGGAUACUCCUCUGAGCCACUGAAUUGCAGCUGGAGCAGCUCUGACAAUAUGCUCCCUCUUAACUUGGUCACAGCCCAUGAGGUAGAGCCCACUCGGGACAUCCGCUGUGAGUUCUGUGGGGAGUACUUUGAGAACCGUAAAGGUCUCUCCAGCCACGCCCGUUCCCACUUGCGCCAGAUGGGCAUCACAGAGUGGUCAGUCAACGGCUCCCCCAUAGACACCCUGAGAGAACUCAUGCACAAGAAAGGGGGCACCUCGUCCCCGGCCCCGGGGCAGAAGGAGACCAGCCAGGGGUCCAGCCCCACCUGGGAAGGCCUGGUGGGGGGCCUGGGUUACCAGUCGCCCAAGUUCUCCCGCAAAUCUGCCCUCAACCUGCUGCAUUCUGGCUCCCGGCUUCAUAAGCACGGCCUGGGGGCGGUGGGCCUCUCCUCCACCCCUCCCGCCGGGAAGUUUUUUGCGGUGUCCCUGCUGGGUAAGAGACCCCUGUCGGAGGAGGGCUGUCCAGUCGAGAGGUCACCACCCCACCCCCAGUCCUUCUCGCCCCUGCCACAUGACCUCUCCAUCAAAGGGAAGUCCUCUCCAGACAAGCAUGUGGGAGGGCACCUGGAUGCCAGCUGUGAGCUGUGUGGGUUCUACUUUGAGAACCGCAAGGCGCUGGCUAGCCACGCGCGGGCCCACCUGCGGCAGUUUGGCGUGACAGAGUGGUGUGUGAACGGUUCGCCCAUCGAGACGCUGAGUGCCUGGAUGCGCAGCCGGCCCCACAAGGUGGUGGAGAUGCACCGUAGCUACAUGCAGGGCUCCACCCGCUCCACCUCGAAGAAGCAGAAAAGCAGCUCGUCUCUCUCCCCAUCGUCCGACUCUGACCUCCUCCCCCCCAUGCCCUCCCAGAAGCAUUCCUCCUCCCAGUGGGUGGCUCUGGGGCUGGCCCAGGCCAGACGGGUAGGCCGGGAGCUCACCCUGGCAUCACCCCGGGCAGCAGAGGGUAAUGCUGGUCUCACUCCCCCCUCCCGACCCAGCCAUAGCAGUCACAGUCCCAGCCCCGCCCUACUCUCCAACACCCUCCCUCCCCACACACAGGUGGCCCGCAGCGAGCUCAACGUGCGCCUGCCCAGAGGCUUUGAGCGGCGACCUCUUAAACACCCCUCUCACUCAGAGGGAGGAGAGAGGGACAGUGGCACCCCCAAGCCCCCUCGCACCGGCACUAUUCCUGCCCUGGUGCCCAAACCCCCUUCCACCCCCCUGGUCAAAGUGGUGGGAAAGAUCUACUCCCUCAAGUGCCGGUUCUGUGAGGUGGAGUUCCAGGGUCCUCUCUCUGUGCAGGAGGACUGGAUCCGCCACCUCCAGCAGCACAUCCUCAACCUCAACUACAACAAGCCUGCUCCCUCUGCCAUGGACCCCCCAGCCCAAGACCACCACCCAACCCCAACCUCAACCUCAGUCCCAGCCACUACCUCCAGGUUCACCACAACACCUGCCCCCACCUCAACCCCACCCUCCACCCACACCACAGCUCCUACUGUCCUCCCUCCUUGCAGCCCCUCUCCUCCCCCUAUGGUUGAGUCUGCUCCAAUUGUCACUGCCACUCCAAUGGCAACAGCCUCAGCAGUGUCCACCCUCACCCCAAUCCUGAUCCCCAUCCCCACCCCGGCAUUGUAACCCCCAGGUCCAUAACAAUCCACACAUUCUUCUAACCCUUUUGUUCUGCCACAUCUUUGCCAUGCCUUUUUUCCAUCCACUUGUUCCUUUGGCCUCAACACUGGGAACCUGUUGUUGAAGUGUUUUAAAGAGAAGCUUUCCCCAAAAAAGCUCUCUCAACCCCGAGCCUCCUAGGAAGCUCUGCAGAUGGUUACAAAGCCCCAUUGCCAUGGGAACCCAAGAUCCCCUGACCAGAGUGGGUGAAUGCAACUGUCCAGGGCUUCCGGGUCUGCUGUUUCUUCUUUGUUUUGACUUGUUUGAACUGAAUGUUCAGUUUGUAACGUGGUCAGUUACUCUUCCUGCCGCUCAGUGGUUAACCGAGAGGUUAACUCAAACCCUAUUGAACUUUGACCUCUCUCCCUGCUCUAAAUGGUGCUUUAGAAAGACCUGAGAGGCUCCCCCCAUUUAUAUUUGAAGCACUUAAGAGGAGCCCACUCAUGGCUCCUGCUUUAGUCCCCUUACCAACAUUUUAAAAGGAGUGUCUAUGCUUAGUCUAUGAUACAGACUUAAAACACCCAUUUACACUUUUAUUUUGUUAAGGCAAUUUUAACGUAGACAAUGUCACAGAGCACUUAAGUAAAUGCCACAUUGAUUAGGGCAGUGAUGACGAGGAAAAGGCCCCUUUGCGAGAAAAGGAAGGACCCUGUAGAGGAAGCAGCAUCUUGAAGGGACGUCCCAUUCACCUUAGUGUUAGGCUGACAGGUGCAGUCACACAGUAACUCUGAACGUUUUCUGAAUGUAGUUAAAGGGAUAGUUCCCCCAAGUUACAUAAUUACCAAUGUGUAAUUUUGUAAUUUGGGUGAACUAUCCCUUUUAAUGAACUUCUUCUUUGAGAUGACUGUGCCAUGUUAAAUUUGAUUGGUCAUUAUGUUAUUGCAUGGUUUGAUGUCCCCAACACUGUUUAGCUAACGGCAUUUAAGCUCUUGAUGAUACUCAUCUAUUCUUUCGAUGAAAGGGUCCAUAGAAAUGUUGAAGGUCACUAUUUCAAUGAGGACAAAUGUUGCCAUUUCUUUCUUGCCUUGUCAAUGAAACCCAAAACCUUGAUUGUUAUUUAUUGUACAUUUGAAUGUGGUGAACUAGGUUGUUUUUAGGCUCAAUUAGAACAUUGGAAUGUUUGAAAUUAGGUCAGUGACACUUUUAUCUAAGUGCAUAAGCUAUGUGUGUUUGUUUGUGUGUGUUUUUUUGCACAAGAGGUGCAUAUGUAUGUCUGUCAGGGACUUUUAAAUGCUAGACAGAGGUAAACAGUAGCUAACACACAGGACCUCUCCAUAGCUAAAAUCUAGCUAAUCAUGGGACCUGGUCUAUUAUUUAGUCUGAUUUGACUGCAUCCGCCAUUCUCCUAAGGAUGUGCCAAAGAGUGUGUUUACUCCCUGGUCUCGCCUCUGUAAGCUGUUUACAUGGGACCUGUUCAUAGGGAGGAGCUCUGCACAGCUACGGAGCAACCAAGGCUCCUCGUUGGAUGAGGGACAUGUAUCGGUGUACAUCUGGAUCCAGUGUCUCCCAGUAUGUGAACCACAGAGUUGACUGACUGUUGCAGUGACAUACAUAAGCGGCCUUGGCUUCAUGGAACUGUUACACUACUGCAUUAUUGCACCCAGGACACUGACGCCCACAGAGGUUGCUCUCUAUCAGAGCUCUGUGAAGUAGUGGUGCCCUUAAAUCCAGACGCAUUACGUAUGUCCUCUGGUGGAACAGCUUCUAAAUUGGGGCGACGCUGUCAUGAAGGUGUCGCUCCAGCGUGUGUCUUCAUGUGGUUUCAGAUAAGGGUUUAUAUUGCCUGCAGAGUGACGCAAUAACUGAAGAGUCCAUAGUGAAAUUAACUUUUCAAGUUUGGUCCAGCAUUAAACUAUGUUGAAAACAUGACUGUUCGACCCUAACAGUUCCCCAUACCUUUUAUGGAGUAUAGAUACGUAUAUAUAACUACAUGUACUUAUGAAACUGUUGAUGCUAUUAGAGCUAUUAACAGUUCUAUUAACAGCUAGUUACAAAAAAUGUUAUCUUGAUUCCUUUUAUCGUGAUUUAGUUUCAACCUUCUAUGCCAUGUAUUUUUUAUUGCUCUGUGCAUUUCUGUAUUUGCAGUCCAGGAAGGUGAAACUUAGAUUAGUAUUUUUUAGUUUCUUUGUUAGCUAGUUUCUCUAAGCUGAACAUUGGUGCUCUUGAGAAUGGGAUGGUGAGGAUGGGGAGUGACUGAAGACAGGAGAAAAUUAGUGAUUGUCAUGUCCUAAGAUCACAGGACUCUAAAUACUUCAGUCUUUAAAGGGGACCACUUUUGCACGUUCAGAUUUUUCUCCACCAGUGAGUGUUCACAUCGUGAUAGGGUUAGCCUCUGGCAGGUUUGUGACUGUUACCGUGUAAGAUGAGUUGCCGCUGGUGUUACAACUAAGUCCCCUUUAAGAUUGCCUGUGUAUACCCCUCAGCUGGUAUGACUGGCUGCAGAGGGUUGGUGUGUGUGUGAAUGAGUGUCUGUGGAGAGCAAAGACCAUUAUCUGAUGAUGAUAAUGAAAAGAUUAAAGAAUUGUACUGUACACAAAGGGUUGAGGUUCAUGUGAAUCAGCUCCUGAACAAACAUUAAAUGUGAUUUCAAACUCA